CGCCUGCGCAACCAUCCCUGCUGCUCUUUUGCAGGACGGACUCUUGAGGAGCUCAGGAUUUCGUUUUCCCUUGUGGAAGGUUGAUGUUCCCGGUGUAAACGCGGUGCUUCGCUAAAGUGAGAUCGGUGGGAGUCCCCUUAGUCCCCGCCAGCCCGGAACGACAAGGCGGAGCACCGCGUUUCCUCAUUGCCCUCAUUGACGAUUACUUCCGCCCACAGAUCUGGAAUACCGGCGGCUUUUUGGCGGCGAACAACGGGAAAGGCACUUCCGGUAUCUGUUGCCAAGGCGCCGGCCCGGUGGGCCUAGUUGAGGAAAGUUUUUGGCGUGGUCCUCUCCCCCCUUCCCGGGGGUCGAGAUGUCGGGGCUCAGCUACCCAGAGAUGGAGGGCUGUCGUAACCUGCUCGGCCUGUUGGACAACGAAGAGAUCAUGGCUCUGUGCGACACCAUCACCAACCGCCUGGUGCAGCCUGAGGACCGCCAAGAUGCCAUUCGUGCAAUAUUAGUGUACAGUCAAAGUGUAGACGAGCUUUUGAGGCGUAAAAAGGUCCACCGAGACGUCAUAUUUAAGUACUUGGCAACACAGGGGGUUAUUAUACCUCCAGCUACUGAAAAACACAAUCUUAUUCAGCAUGCAAAGGACUACUGGAAAAAGCAGUUAAAACUGAAGCUGAAGGGAACGCCAGAGCCAGUUAAGACAGAAGACAUUAAAUUCUCUGAACAGCAGGAGAAAGAAGAGAAAAAAGCUGAAAAGGUUGAUUUUCGUCGAUUAGGUGAAGAAUUCUGUCACUGGUUCUUUGGACUUCUUAAUUCUCAGAAUCCUUUUCUGGGACCACCUCAAGAUGAAUGGGGGCCACAGCACUUCUGGCAUGAUGUCAAGCUUAGGUUUUAUUACAACACAUCUGAACAAAAUGUGAUAGACUACCAUGGAGCAGAAAUUGUGAGCCUUCGUCUGCUGUCACUAGUGAAAGAAGAAUAUCUUUUUCUCAGCCCCAAUCUAGAUUCCCAUGGACUCAAAUGUGCUGCUUCUCCCCAUGGGCUAGUUAUGGUUGGCGUUGCGGGGACUGUCCACCGAGGGAACACCUGUUUGGGCAUUUUUGAACAAAUUUUUGGACUCAUCCGCUGCCCUUUUGUGGAAAAUACUUGGAAAAUCAAAUUUACCAACCUGAGAAUUAUUGGAGAGAGUUCCCCUGCUCCCAGAACAUUAAUGAAACCAGCAGUUACACUUGAACCAAGUGACCUAGAAGCCUUUUAUAAUGUAAACACUUUAUGUGGUCCAGUGAAGCACGACUUAAUGUAAGGCAGGCAUUGGGUAGUGGGACUGAAGACCAAGCUUUAGUGGAAAUGAGGCAUUGCUUAACAAAAAAAAGACUGAUUUUACCUAACUCUUAACAGCAUUGAGUACUGUAUGUCAGCCUGAAAAAUCUUCUAUACAGAAAUUCUUCCACAUACUACAUCAGUAAUGUCUAACCGAUUUCAGAUUCGGGGAUUGACAUAUUUUAGUUGAAAUGCCUUUCUUGCCUACAGACUAACAUAAUAUGUGAAUACUUGCCUCUUUUUCUAUCUGAGUUGCAGCAAAUGUUCUGAAAGCUUUAUGCAGUUCAUCAAAUAAAAUCCCACUUUAGAUGUUAUAACUAAUGGUGUGUCUUAGAAACCAGUUAAUAUUUUCAUUUUACUUAGUGGAUAUUCUGCUAAUAUCUGUACUUCUAUGUGGGAAAAAAAUUGUGUUCAAGGCUUUCUCUUUUAAGUUUCUUAUAUUCUAAAUCUAGGUAAUUUUUACAACUGCAUCUCAUGACAGUAUUGAUUUUUAAAAAGUACCUAUUUUAGAGAUGUUUAAUGUAAACUCAGAGUUCUCAUUUUACAAAACUUGGGUGAUAUUUUUAUACAAAAAAUCCAAUAAUUUAUCUGGUAAGAAACAUUUAAUAUGCUUUUUUAAAUAUUUGAUGAACAUUUUUCAAAGUUAUCUACUGUUGUCCAAGCUAAAUAUCUUAUAGUCUGCAACAUUUUCUGAAAUAUUUUGGGCAAUGAUAAGUGCUAUUCUCAAAACAGAACUUUUUCUUACCUGAGGCUUCACCUAACAGUUUUAUAGAGCAUUUAUUAUAACACCAGAUAAAGGAAACAUACUGUUGAAAUUUUUAAAAAAGGUGUGCCCAGUUCCUAACUUAAAUGAAUUAGUUUUCCCUCUUCAGUGAUCUAAGAAGUGACAAAAAAAAAAAAAAGAAAACCCAAAUUUAUAAUUUAUACAUGUAUUGAUUAUACAUAUAUUGAGAUAAAUUCUCACAUCAUAUAUUAGGAAUUUUUCACCUCUAAUUUGUUUUACUAGAUUUGAGUUACAAGGCUAAAUUGUCAUACUAAUUACUUAGUUGCUUUCAAGUUUAAAUUCCUCAUCUGAUUCUGCAUUCAGUAGUUUUAAUGUACAAAAAUGCCAUUUAGAAAAAAACUCAACUGGGAAAUGUGAUGAGAUAGCAUACAUAGUAAUUUUUUUUUUCUCUCUUUAACUCUUCUCAUGAUCAUCUAGGGUGACUGAUUUUGGAAACAGGAAGAAAAAAUUUAUCCUUUUUGGUUUUCUAAUGUCAUGCCUCUUACAAAGAGUACAAAUUAAUAUGUCCAAAUAAAUAAUAAAUAAAUAAAGGAGGGUAAUCCUUUUUGUCUGUCAUAAGAAUAGGGCAUUGUUUAAACCCAAGUUAUCUUUUUCUUCUUUAAGUUUGAAGUAUCAUUUUAACAUGUAAUCGAUCAGUAUUCUAACGAUAAUAUGAAAAACUACUCCCAUCUGUUUUCUUUGUACUGUUGAUGUCAAGUACUGCAGAAAUCAUACCACAGAUGCUCAGGAUGGGCAGAAAUUGCCUGUACAUAUGUUGAGUGUUGAAAUUUUGAAUGUAUAAUGCUCAAGUAAGGAUGCAAUCUGCAUGUUCUUUUAAUCACCCUUAAAAACUUGAAAUCUUUCUUAUUUACUUCCUUUGAAUCCCUGCAGUUGGGCACCCAGGAAGACCUGAUGUCUAGGUGAAUGGGUGAAUGAAUGAGCAAAAGAAGCUUACAUACUGUAUAAAAGACUUUUUGCAUUUAGAUUUUAUCUUUAGUUCUGAUCAUUAGUGGUGGUUUUUUGGUCAUACCGUCUGAAUUUAAUAUGUGGAUACACAAACUUUUAAGCCUCAAACUAGGAUAAAAAUUUAACUUCUUUCUAUUAAAAUUUACUGACUUUCAAAAGCCCACAGUCAGAGUAGGGUAUACUGGAAGCCCCUAAGAGACCCAGGAACCAUUAUAGGGGAAGUAUAUACUUCCUGUUUAGAGAAAAAAGAUCUAGAGGAAUUGAAAUUUCAGGAAGCUGAAGGCUUGGUCAGGCCUAGGGAAUGGCACAGAGACUGCAGCUUUAUGUGUCUCACGUCAUUUCACUUUGCCGGGACUGGUGAAGUUUGUGGAGUCAAGUAGUAAAGAAUACAGCACUCUACACAUAAUCCAUAGUAAGUGGGGUGCUCAGACUAGGUGACAGCUGGGCUUUAUUUACUGAAAGCUGAUUUGUAGCUAACAGUAUACAUCAAUCUCCUUUUUUGUUAAAAACUUAAAAUAGUUGCAUUGGGUUGUUUUAUUAGUAUCUGGAGUGCCAAAAAACAGACUUCACGUGUCUCAUUAAAAUACCAAAUAGAGAAAAAGCCAUCUCUAACUUACUAAGUAAACUUGAAAAUAGCAAGACCUGCUGAAGUACUGUCAGGUGAAAUAUAAAAAUACGAAUUCAGAAUUCGUUUCAUUUUGACAAGUUUAAUGAACAUGCUUUGGAGGCAGUGAUAAAAAUGAAAAUAUUUAAGAUUUUAUUAAACUUAUCUUAAGAUGUUUAUUUAAUAACGAUGGUAUAUUGCUAAUUCUGAUAAAGAGAUUUUAAAAAUAGGGCAUUUCUUCUGAAGGGUCUGUAUUUGUGAUCGCCUCCCGACAGCCCUCCCCACCAGCCCUCCCUGUCAGCUUUGUAUCCCACCAGUCUGAAGUGCAGAUAGCACAGCUGCAGUGCUGGGAACCAAGACUUUCUGGAUCUGGGUUCUCUCCAAGUUUAUGUGUAUAUAUUUACUGAGCAUCUACAAUCUGUAAGUCACUGAAUCAACCACAAGACAAAAUAAUCCAUCAAUAGGUUAUUUACCUAAACUUCUCAUAUUGAAAUCAAAUCUCUGUCUCUGGGCUUAGAUGUCUUAAGGUGAGAACUACAUUAAGGCCUUUGCUAGAGUUGGAAGGAAAAUAUUUCAGAACUGUAUCAGAGUGCACUAAAUCCUUUCAGCUUUACUUUUUCUAGUUUGAACCUUUCCUAUAAUCUUUUAGUAAAGUGUUACUGUUAAAAUUGAGUGUGAUAUUUAUUGUGAGUUAUAAUGUGACCCAAAAUAUUAAACCAGAAACUAGAAUUACUUGUGUUAGUCACGGAAUGUUAAUAGAAUCACUGGCCUAAUCUCAUUUACCUUUGCAGUGAGUCAUUUAGUGAGGGUUCUUUGGUUGGCAGUUUUCAUCUUCAAUUUUUAAACACCCUAAAUCUCAAGUACCAAAUUAGUUACAUUUGAAUUAAUGAAUUUAAGGAUUGACAGAAUCUCCUGCUGCCCACUGCCAUCAGUGUUACUUGUGAUGCUUUCUGAACAAAAAAUCAGUAACUACUUAGAAAAGCCUCUUUUCUUGAGGCAUUUAGUUUCAUAAGCUUGCAUUAAUCUUUUCCAUCGCUCAUCUUUUACUAUACUAAUGAUUAGUAUCACACUCAAUUGUUCUCAAGUUGUUGCAUGUAGGGUACUUCUGCCUCCCUAAAUAGAUGGUAAAUUCCUAGAACUGGUGAUUCAUAUUUUGCAAUCCCCCUCCCCUUUCCCCACCCCUCCCCCUGUGCCUUGCACAGGAUAAACAGUAGCUAAGUUUUGGGUGCUUAUAUGCUAGGUACAGUUCUGUGCAUGUUGCAUGUAUUCAUUCAUUCAAUCCUAUGGACAGCUAAGUGAGGUAGGUGCCAUUGACCACUCUUACCAGAAAGCAGGGUUGAGUAAUUUGAGAGGCUUGCAGAGCUAAUGCCCAGUAAACCCACGUUUUAGAGCCUGAGAGCCAUGUGGUAACUACUACACUAUACUGCCGCUUACAGACAGUAGGUUUUUGAUGAAUCGUUUUUUGACUAAUUGUCAUUUGCUGGCACUUGCUUCCAAAGCAAAGAUGCCUUCAAUUUGAGUUUAUCUGGAUUAAGUGGGAGUAUUAAUGCAUACUGUAUCUUCUUGUAACUGUAUCUCAAGUUGCUUGUUUAGUGUUUAAAAUCACUUGGAGAAAAGAUAAUGUUAUGUAUAACCGUAUUACUUAUGAAAAAGAAUUGGGUAAUUGGGAAGUUUUUUAAAAUGUGACAAUUUAUGUCAGAUUUCUUGAACUCGUGUCACUAGUCUCUGUUCCUCUUCCCUUCCUGAUUGUGACACCGUUACGCUUUUCAGCCUCACAGAUAGUCUUUGUGUCACACGCUCAGCUUCUUGUCAUGUCCAGAUGUAGCAUAUCUGCAGUAUUUUCUAUUUCAGCUGCUGUAAUUAGGCCCUCCUUAACUAAACCUUGAUUUAUGUAAUUAUUUAGUUCUUUAAUAGUUUAUUUGUGACAGAUUAAAAUUUCUUUAAAGUAGUUUUCAUCAUAUCUUCCAUGUUCAGAAUAAUACCUCCAAAAUGAAGUCCAGAUUUCAUAAUCUGCCUUUUAUCACUAGCUAGUUUUGAUUCUAUUCAUUUUCACAUAUUGUUUGGUCCAGCCAACAUCUACCGCUAAGUAACCUUGAUACUUACUCUGUGCUUAUUUAGCCUGCUUUUAUUGGUAAGUUUCCAAAAUUGUAGAAUUUAAUUUUUUUGUUGCAGACAGUCCAGUAAUAUAUUGUAGAAAGAAAAGGACCUUGAUUGAAACGGAGUUUAAAAACUAGAAAUUUCUUCAAUAAGUCAAGCAUUUUUUCUUUUUAGGAGUUUUGUAUACAUUGUCUGGGAUAAUCUUUCCCCAGCUUUUUGUACGGUCAAUUCAUUUUCACAUUUGAGAAUCUGUCUUAAAUACUUUCUCCUAAGUGGAUCCUUUUGUUAAUAUUUAUCACAACAUUUUGUUUCAGAUUUAGCAAAUCAAAUAUUAUUAAUUUAUUAAUUUCCUCUCCUAGAUUUUAAGCUGAGAGUAGGGACUGUAACUGUUUUACUUUCCUAGUAUUUCCAUUGCUUUGCACAGAGACUAGGUAUUCAAUAAUGUUUAUUAAAGACAGGUAUAAGGGAUAAGAUAGGAUAGGAUAAGGGAACAAAUGCUAGUUUUUAUUCAGAGACUUAUAUAUUCCUAGUUCUUUGCCUGUCUGCUAAAGACAAUGCCUAGAAUAUUAGGUACUCAAUAAAUAUUUGUUUAACAAAUAAAGUUAUUUUCCUGAAUAAUGAUAUAUGAAACAAUCAACAACAUUCUUCAGUAGACAGAAUUAUUAAAAUCUUACACUAUUGUAAAAGAUGAAGAAACUGAGGCCCCAAAAGUUAAGUAGCCAAAGGUGCUGAAGUUCACAUAGUUUUUGUUACAGAGGUUUUUUUUGCUCUGUUUUUAAAUUACAAAGCCUGUUUUUUCUUGCACUUCAUUCGCAGACUGACUACUCCUUCUUUAUUUUAAGAGAAUUUAAACUCUAAUCCUCAAUUUCUUCACAUGUAAAAACGAACCAAUUAGAUGAUUUCUGAGGUCUGCUACGAUUUUGAAGUCAUGUGAUUUUGUGAUUGUAUGCCUUCUCAGCAACUUAAGAAUAUUACUUUUAAGUGAGUUUGUAGUUCAUUGUUAAUGAAGUUACUUCUUUAUUAUUUUGCUUCCCUAUAAAUCAUGCUCAUUUGAAAUGUUUUUUUUCAGACAUUUUUAAGGAUAGAGUGUGUUUCUAUUUACAAAGUAAAAAAAAAAAAGGAUAAGAUUACAGAUCAUGUCUAGAAUAGAAAAGGGGAAAAAGGUAAGAAUGAAUAUUCAUUGUCCUACUUUCUAAUCACUAGAAGUAUUUAAGUUGUUUGAAAAAUUGCUGUGCUGUAAACCUUUGCUUUGCUGCAUAUGGUUAAAAUAUGUUUCCAUGUUUUAGUCAAGAAAAGUGUAAAGUGGUCUUGAUAGAAGGCCAAAUUAUAGACUGCCAGUAAUCCCUAGUGAAAAUAAAGAUGCUAAUAAAAUAAUCAAA